UCUCCUCGGUUCCCGGCUUUCCUCGGAGCCUCAGGAAGCGGCUGAAAUCGGACGGACUAAGAGUAGAAGAGCGAGGGGCCUGUCAACCUCCAGAGCUGCCCUAGGGUCGGAUGUCCUGGCGCGGUGGAAAGCGUCUUUGAGGCCGCCGCCUGGCAGUCAACGCGAGGUUUUGUACUGUCAUGUCCAGUAAGCUGGAACCGGAAUCGGCUAUGAUCAGGCCCUCAGCGGCCGCAAGACCCGAAUCAGGGACACGGAUCUGAGACUUCUCUUGUCAGCCACCGGAUUAGAAUCCACUGGCAGGGUGUAGACUUUCCCAAGAGAUAAUAAAAAUGUUUCCAUUUAGCCACAAGAGUCCUUAGGUAAUAGUACAGCAAGUGAUGAACAGCUGUUAGUGAUUGUAGGAGGGAAGAGGCAACCUCCGUCGCAGCCGGCUUCUCCCUCACAGAGUUCUGCCUGGGGCCGAAUGUCAUGUUGCCCACUGUUCACUGCCCAGGAGGAAGGCAGGAACGUCGCGUGUGAGGCGAUUCCAUUUUCGGAAAGUGCUUUCUACUUAAGGAUACUGCUGUCCUGUACAGCUGACUGACUUUUCCACUUGAUGCAACGUGUCUGUAAAUGUUUUUUUCAUGGAAUUGUUGGCCAUGUGUAAUCUAGGACUAAGUUCUCAUUCAGCAGUUUGGGUGUGUUUUAUAACCCUCCUUGGCAGAUCCGAGCCAGGGAGGUUUGGCAGACAAUGAACUUAAAAUUUACCAGUAUACCUCGGUUUUAUCAGCCUGGGUACUGCACAGACUGGUUCUGUAUCUUACACGGUUCUGUAUGAUGGGCACGGGGAACCCCCCAGGCUGCAGCCAGAUGACAGAGCUUUGCGCUACAUGAAGAGGCUCUAUAAGGCAUACGCUACCAAGGAGGGGACCCCUAAAUCCAACAGACGCCACCUCUACAACACUGUUCGGCUCUUCACCCCCUGUGCUCAGCACAAGCAGGCUCCUGGAGACCUGGCAGCAGGAACCCUUCCAUCAGUGGAUCUGCUGUUUAACCUGGAUCGUGUUACUGUUGUGGAACAUUUAUUCAAGUCAGUCUUGCUAUAUACUUUCAACAACUCCGUUUCUUUUCCCUUUCCUGUUAAAUGUAUAUGCAACCUGGUGAUAAAAGAGCCAGAGUUUUCUAGCAAGACUCUCCCUAGAGCUCCAUACUCAUUUACCUAUAACUCACAGUUUGAAUUUAGAAAGAAAUACAAAUGGAUGGAGAUUGAUGUGACGGCUCCUCUUGAGCCUCUGGUGGCCUCCCACAAGAGGAAUAUUCACAUGUCUGUAAAUUUUACAUGUGCGAAAGACCAGCUGCAGCAUCCUUCAGCGCGGGACAGCCUGUUUAACAUGACUCUUCUCGUAGCGCCCUCACUGCUUUUGUAUCUGAACGACACAAGUGCUCAGGCUUUUCACAGGUGGCAUUCCCUCCACCCUAAAAGGAAGCCUUCACAGGGUCCUGACCAGAGGAGAGGGCUAUCUGCCUACCCCGUGGGAGAAGAAGCUGCUGAGGGUGUAAGAUCGUCCCGUCACCGCAGAGACCAGGAGAGUGUCAGCUCUGAAUUGAAGAAGCCUCUGGUUCCAGCUUCAGUCAAUCUGAGUGAAUACUUCAAACAGUUUCUUUUUCCCCAGAAUGAAUGUGAGCUCCAUGACUUUAGACUUAGCUUUAGUCAGCUGAAGUGGGACAACUGGAUUGUGGCCCCACACAGAUACAACCCUCGAUACUGUAAAGGGGACUGUCCCAGGGCGGUCGGACAUCGGUAUGGCUCUCCGAUUCACACCAUGGUGCAGAACAUCAUCCAUGAGAAACUUGACUCCUCAGUGCCGAGACCAUCCUGUGUACCUGCCAAGUAUAGCCCUUUGAGUGUUUUGGCCAUCGAGCCUGAUGGCUCAAUCGCUUAUAAAGAAUAUGAAGAUAUGAUAGCCACUAAGUGUACCUGUCGUUAACAGACUCCUGUCAAGUAAAACCAUGAGUGUCCUGGCCAGUGUAAAUGCCGCGCCCCUGUCUAUGCCUUUGGGAGGAAGUUUCAUGUGUCAACUCUCUGACUGUACGACAGUGUGUGUUGUGUAAGGAGGAGCCUGGAUAGAUUAGCAUAUUCUGUGGCAUCUAUCAAUGUAAGGGAUAACAGCUGCCUUCCUCAUGGCCAAAUGUUUAAAUGAAAUGUAUUUCUUUUGGAGAACUUUGAAUU